UUUUUUUUCUUUUUUUUUCAUUGAAGCUGUACGUGGCCGAACGGGUAAUAACUCACUCUGGAAUCAACUAAUCGCCUGAUUACGAUAAUAAUAAACUUCACGCAAUUACUAUCGUAACUCUCUCAAUGGUAGGAAGACUACAGACACCGUAAAGAUUACCUGCUACUAUAGUACACGGUCAGAUGGCAACGACUCCCCACCCCAGAUCGAGUCUGAGGCGCACUGCUUGCGAUAGAUGUCGUCAGUCGAAAUUGAGGUGUUUACGCAACGGGGACCAGGGGAAAUGCACUCGUUGCUUGCGUCUUGAUCUCUGUUGUUCAGUCGCGCCGGCCAAGCCGCCCGGACGCCCGCGUAAACUGGUUCCAGCGCGAACCGGAGGAGGCAACCUGGGAACUAACCCAAGAGUCUCUUCCAAUCAAUUCUUGGGAAGUAUAAACCAUAACGCUCUUCCAAGGCGAAGUAGCACAUCGCCACACCCGAGCCCUGAUAAUCUACCGCCAGGACUUGAUGGCUUCCCACAGAUUGACGAUUUAUCCAAUGAGACGCCAUUGUUAUCGCGUAACGAGUCAAACAGCUUCUUCGGCUCACAUUUCAUGUUGCCAUUUUCCGAACAUUGCACUCCUGAGUGGAACGAGGCGAACUAUCUUAACGCUGGGUGCUCGCCAAACAGGGACCCCCUCGAAGUACACAGCCUGUUUACGGCGAAGCUAGACCGGCACGAGUGCCUCAAAGAGCUCUCUCAGAUCAACGUCGACCUGCACGGCCAUUGGCAGACAGUGCAAGAGUUGAACGAUAGCGGAAAAGUAAACUUCGUCACCUUCGUCGCUCAUCCACCUCCUCCGGCCGGCGACGGCAUUUCUCUCGCGGAGAAGCUGCUCAUCAUGGCUCAGAGAUUUCAACAGGCUAUCACGAACCUCAUCUGGGUCGUAAAGCACGAGUCCAAGCCGUUGUACAGGCCUGGCCAUGUAGUUGUCAACGAUGAAGCCGCAACUAAUUCCCCCUCGUCUUACCCUUUAUCACAGCCUUUAGGCCCGGAGGAACGCGAACGCCAUCAAGCCACUCAACCCGCCCCCGAAGAAGACCCAUCAGCCCAGCAGGCAGACCCGUCCACAACCCCGUUCGCCUGCGUCCUCGUAAGCUGCUACGUGCAGCUCGUCCGCCUCUGGGAGACCAUGUUCUUCCACGCGCACCGGCGCGCAGCCGGCCUCGACCGGUACCCGCUUGCGCUCUCGGACCCGAGCAAGGGCGUCCAGCUCGGCGCGUUCUACGUGUACAGCGGGCGGCUGGCGAGCAUGUUCUACUGCCAGGCGGCGCUGUACUUCCUCGACAACAUCGACCGCGGGCUGGGGAUCGUCUCGCCGGAACAGCAGCAGCAGCAACAGCAACGGGGCGCCGCUGCUCCUGCGUCGGGCUUGUUGUCUCAUCCCCGGCAUCUCGAUAUGCUUCGGAGAGAGCUCCGCGCAGGGGAGGGAGGAGAAGAAGAAGAAGAAGAAGAAGAAGAAGAAGAACUGGGUAGCGGAGGUAGCGAUGGGGUAAUAAGCAAACGUGUUAAGGCGUUGAGGGAUGCGAUUGAGAGAGCUAGGCUUUCCUCGGUGCAUGACACUGGGAUUUAAGGUUAUUCUGCUUAUAGGACCCUGAACGGGCCUCCAUUAUAUGCGUUAUGCGUUCCUCGGGUGGUUAAAAUAUCACCGGUUAGCUCUAUAAGUAACUGUUAUAGAAAGGCAUAGGGGAUCAACACGGAUCCAGCCAGACUCCCCAUAGUAGAUCACGUAUGUUAUGUAUAGUCUCGCGAGCAUUAUAUGCAAGAAAGACGUAGGAACCCCCUUAUUGUAGGUAUUAGUUCAUGUACAGCGAUGACAAUUAUGAAUACAAGCGAUGCUUCCGUCAGUGUAGCAAGCACAGAAAUACAGGAGAACCAUUAAUUACUAGCAAACACCCUCUACUUAUUUUCUUUCAAGCAUAUCACAUAUUCUCUCUGCCACGGCAUGUGAUGUAGGUAUUAUAGGUAUUUGUAUGGCUAGCACAAGGACAGUAUCAAGUACUAAAGACUUGACCAUUUCCCCCUUAAUGUAAAAUUCAGAGCAAGCAAAGCCUCUAAAGCUCGGACGUUGAUCUUCCGUCGAUUACUUGCUGUUCGCAAGAUGGUUUUAUGAGAAUUAUCAUUUCCCUUCCUGGAACCCUGGUUGUAACCACUAACGCCUGCAACAAUUGGGUAUCAACACCUGAACAUAAAAAGA